UCCUUAUUAUCUCGCGAUAACUUCACAUCAGUGGCGGCUGUGUGGCCCCCUGUCUUAGUCCGGACGGAGUUGUUUCUGACGUUUGAAUGAAAAACAGUGCAAAUUACCUCCACUUUGGACCCAGGAAAUAAUGGCUUCAGCCUUGGAGCAGUUUGUGAACAAUGUGCGGCAGCUCUCCGCUCAAGGCCAGAUGACUCAGCUGUGCGAGUUGAUCAACAAGAGUGGGGAGCUGCUGGCCAAAAAUCUGUCCCACCUGGAUACGGUGCUGGGGGCCUUGGACAUCCAGGAGCACUCCCUGGGCGUGCUGGCUGUUCUAUUUGUGAAGUUCUCCAUGCCAAACAUCCCUGACUUUGAGACGCUCUUCUCCCAAGUUCAGCUCUUCAUCAGUACCUGCAAUGGGGAGCACAUUAGAUAUGCAACAGACACUUUUGCUGGUCUCUGCCACCAGUUGACAAACGCCCUUGUAGAGCGGAAACAGCCAUUGAGGGGUGUUGUCGUCCUAAAACAGGCAAUAGACAAAAUGCAGAUGAACACAAACCAACUUACCUCAGUUCAUGCAGACCUGUGUCAGCUGUGCUUGUUAGCAAAGUGCUUCAAGCCCGCCCUGCCCUUCUUGGAGUUGGACAUGAUGGACAUCUGUAAGGAGAACGGAGCCUACGACGCAAAGCACUUUUUAUGUUACUACUACUAUGGUGGCAUGAUCUACACGGGCCUCAAAAACUUCGAAAGAGCACUGUAUUUUUAUGAACAGGCAAUAACCACUCCAGCCAUGGCAGUGAGCCACAUCAUGUUGGAAGCCUAUAAGAAAUACAUCCUGGUGUCACUCAUUCUCCAUGGCAAAGUGCAGCCCCUGCCCAAAUACACCUCACAAAUAGUAGGGAGGUUCAUCAAGCCCCUGAGCAACGCAUACCACGAGUUAGCUCAGGUUUACACCACCAACAACCCAGCCGAGCUCCGCAUCCUGGUCAACAAACACAGCGAGACCUUCGCACGAGACAGCAACACAGGCCUGGUCAAACAGUGCCUCUCCUCCCUCUACAAGAAGAACAUCCAGAGGUUAACAAAGACCUUCCUGACGCUGUCUUUGCAAGACAUGGCAAGUCGAGUUCAGCUGUCAGGCCCCCAGGAAGCAGAGAAAUACGUCUUACACAUGAUUGAAGAUGGUGAGAUCUACGCUAGCAUUAACCAAAAGGAUGGCAUGGUCUGCUUCCACGACAACCCCGAAAAAUACAACAACCCAGCAAUGCUCCACAAAAUUGACCAAGAGAUGUUGAAAUGUAUAGAGCUGGAUGAGAAACUAAAGUCUAUGGAUCAAGAAAUCACAGUUAACCCACAAUUUGUGCAGAAGAGUAUGGGAUCGCAGGAGGACGAUGUUGGUAGCAAAACAUCAAGUUAUUCCUGAGGGGCCUUGGACAGGGAAAGAACGCUGCAGCCGCCCAACACGUUCUUCCCAGGAUGAGUUGGAUUUUUUUUAAAGAGGAAAACAAACAUUCUAUUGCAUAAGGACAUUGGUCAAGGAAAAUCUAAUUGUGUGGAAUGAUGAUAAAUUUGGUUAUUCUUUCUUCACAGUGUCUUAAGGAUAACAAAAGAUCCUUACAGAAAAGGAAAAAAGAUUACAAUUUUGUCAGUGUUUUAUUUAUCAAUGUUCAGGUUGGAGCGCCACUGCUACAUUAACAGAAACCACAAUAAUAAAAACUGGACUUAUUUGUUCCAAACAUA